AUGUCACAAUUAAAUCCAAUAUUAGAAGAUAAAACAGCUGCUGAAGAGUAUUCAAAUCUUGUAAAUAUUUUACGAGGUAAUAUCAGUUACGACUAAGUAGAUAAAGUUGCUGGUAAACGAAGUAAUAUUAGUCUUUCUUCUAUACAACAAGAAUCCUCUUAAAAUAUCAAUCAGAAAGAAAAUGCAAAUAAAUCUGAAUUAAUCGAAGUAUAAGCAAUUCUUGAUAGAGCUAAACUUAAUUUACUUACUCAAAAAGAGUCAAAGUCUAGAAAUGGUAGGAUCUAAAAUAAAGAAUCCAAGAUAUAACUCCCCUUACAGUCUUAGUUGCUUCCAUAGCAAUCUUAUCCUACUAUAGAAACUUAUUAGAAUGAAGAAAAUCUACCUUAAUCUAAACAUAUUCCAAAUUUAUCUCCUACUAAACUUGAAGUCAUUGCACCAUAACUUACUGAAAGCCCGGAAAAAAAGCAGACCAUACCUUAAUUUAAACCUAUUAAAUUAAGAGAUUUGGAGUAUUAACCUUCAGCAGGAGCAGGAGCCUUUUUCAGAAGAAUUUUUUGUAUGAGUAACAAGAGUAAAAAGAAUGAGAAUAAAACAACUGAUUAAAAAAAUUAGAUCACAAAUCUAAAGCUUAAAUAAUUUGGAAGAACAAGGUCAAAGCCUUAAGUUUUUUCAUAACAAGUAAUUUAUGAAAAGGAUAGAAAAAUAUCAAAUGCCUCUAUACCUAGAUUAAGUGGUAGAUAAAGUGAGUAAACAGAAAAAACAGUUUAACACCAGAAGCAAAAAAUUUAAAAAAUUUAAGAAUUAGACGAAAUUGAAAACUCCUUCAUCUACAGUGUGUUUGAUUUAAAGUAGGAGGAAGAAAAAAUAAGCGACUGUAACUUUUUCGAGAGGACAUUACAAACUUAAGAUAGAUCUAAAAUUGCAUAAUCAAAAGAAGUACCAAUUAGAAGCCAUAGCAAGCUGAGUUCUGUUAUGACUUAAAAUCCAAAAAUAGACAAAGAUAUUGAGAUUGCCCCUUAAACUAGAUUUAAAGAUAAAAAGGAAGUAAAGAAUAGGGAAUCCAUUUAUGAAGAUAAGAAGAGAAUUCAAUUAGUUGAAUAAAAAGCUUAUGCAACUUUGAAAUAGGAAUCUCAUGUCAUUAAUCUUAGGAUCUUAGAUAAUAAAGCAGAAAUAAGAGAUAGGGAAAAAACAGAUGAAUUUAGCAACAUAUUUCAAAAUUCUGGUCUCCAAAUGAUCUAAAACACUCCUAGAACUGGUAGAGAGCUAAGAGAGUAGGUCAUUAAUAAGAGACAGUAGAAUAGAAUGAAUUUUGAAGCACUGCUUUAAGAGAUUAAUGAACCAUUAUUAAAGAGCGUAAGAGGGCACCAAAGAAAUCACACAAACAUCAAUGUACUUCCAAAUAUUAACACACCUUUGCAAAAUUAGUUUAAGGCAUCUAGAAACGUUGAGGCUUAUCAAGUACCUCACAAGAAAAACAAGUCUUUCUUAGUUCAAGCAGAAAAUUAGAUUUUUAUGAAUAAUUAGAAACAAGAACAGAAUUCUAAGAGGUUGACAGCUAUGAACUAACAUAGAUAUGAUAAUCAAGAACCUAAAAGUUCCCCUAACUCAAGUCUUUCUAAAUAAAAUUUUGUUACCUCUCCUAAUUAAGACCAGAAAAUUCAAAUAUAAAAGAAGGACUCUGAUGACAGUGAAUUAAAUAAUGCUUUAGACAAAUAUACUAGAGAUCUCUAAUCUCCUGGACUCUCAAAUAGAUCCACUUUAAUAACAAAUUAAUCUAAUGCAGAAAGCAAAGGUGAAUUGGAAGGCAAGCUAAAGAAGCUGUUUAAUGCAACCUAUUAGUAAUAUGUAAGGUAAGGGGGCAUAGUAGUGUUUGACAUGGCAUUACUUAAUCUAGUUUAAACUCACCCUAUACUAAAUAAGAUAUCAGGACCUACUUCAAAGAUGAUCUUGGAAAAUGCUUGCGAGCUUCAAUAAUACAAAAAAGGAAGUAUUAUUUAUACUAUAGGGGAGACAAAGCAAUCUAUUUACAUACCAGUGUAUGGAUAAAUUAAAAUCUGGAAUUAAACCUAGGAGUUGUUAGGUAAAGCUAACAUCACUUAGACUUUCGGCGAAGAAUGCAUUUGCGAUAGUACUUUCCAGAAUAGAAUAGACAACUGCUCAGCCUUAACAGAAUGUGGAGUAAUCUGCAUUGACAAAUACUUAUAUUAGAACCUUAAAAACGAGUUCACUAAAGACCUUUUCAAAUAGUUUAACAUGUUGGAAUCAAUAUUCAGAAGAAAUUUCUUUUCAAAGAAGCACUGGAGGACGGGAAGCAAGAUUUAAAAAAUCAGAUUUGGCAAGAAAGAUUUAGAUAUCACUCCCAAUACUAUAGAAAACAUCAUUAGCAACAUUAAGACCAAUUAGUUAUCUCCUUUGACAGUCAAAAAUAUUAAAAAUUCAGGUAUAUAAUUUAAAUUCUGA